CUUCAUCCUCUCGGUGCUUGACACAAUACCCAUCCAAUAUACGCCAGUCCGCCGACAAUGUCUGACCGCGAAGGACACGCUGGCGGCGGUGUCGAUGAUGAACUCUCACUGCCCAAAGCAACUGUUUCCAAGAUGAUUGCCGAAAUCCUGCCAAACGAUGUAGUUUGCGCGAAAGAGACGCGUGAUCUUGUCAUUGAGUGCUGUGUAGAAUUCAUCCAUCUAAUCUCGUCGGAAGCGAAUGAAAUAUGCGAACAAGAAUCAAAGAAGACAAUCGCGCCAGAGCACAUUAUUAGUGCGCUGAAACGACUCGGAUUCGAUUCGUUUACGACCGAAGUAGAGGACGUCUUGAAAGACCACAAGCAACAGCAAAAGGACCGAGAAAAGAAGGUUUCAAAGUUCGAACAAUCGGGUCUGACAGAAGAGGAACUGCUCGCAAAGCAAGAAGAGCUCUUUGCCGCUAGCCGAGCCAGAUACAACAACGAAAAGACUGGUCCCCCUCCUGCAGGCUCAUAACUGCAGUGCUCAGCAGUCACAUUUGUAUUAUUAGUAUGUGUAUACUUAAUUUCGCCCAUUUCCUUCAGGCGCAACCGCGGUUACCCUCUUUUUUAGUUUCUGUAAUCUUUCUUCUGGGCAUUCUCCAUUCCAAAGUGGCCGUUCACUGUCCUUAUCUGUGGCCAUCACUGGCAGACCUUGUUGUUCGAUUAUGAACGAGGCAGAUACUGAAGCAUAAAGUACGGCUGCCAGGGAAUAGUUUCGAUCCUCAGCUUUCCUCGUUACAGGUUUUACAAAUAGAUCGACACUUACCCUCCACUACA